AUGGUGUCUUGGGUGGAAGACUCGAUGCCGCUGGAUGCCAAUGGGCUUGAUUGGUCAUACCUUGUAGAGAUUAGGGGCUUGGAUUUCGCCGCUGAAGCAUCCGAUGUUGCUGAAGCCGAGAUCGUCUGCGAGGAUAAUGAGGAAGUUGGGGCAUUUCUUUUGAGCCAUUCUGGCUGGCAACUGUGGGACAAUUGGAGGUACCUGGAAGACUUCUCAAUCGUGUGUGCACUGAAAGAGGCGAAGAACAAAGUACUGCUUGAACAAGGAACAAAUUGCCCUGUGAAAAAGCCCGAAUCUUCAUGGGAAGUGGAAAUAGACUCCAAUUAA